GUUAAAAUUCUCGCUUAUGCUUCCGAUACUACAAUCUUACUGGAGCAAAUUAACAAUAUCGAGAGUCUUAUGAAAAAGUACAAGUAUCGGGACCACCAUCAUGGACAGUUAUUGAGCAAUUGUGCUGAUCAGAAAGGCAAAUCACCUUUGCAUG